GUUUUGUUAUCAUCUUAAUCAUGUUAUUGAUUCCAAUUAUGAUUAUAAUGGAGCUAUAUAUACCAAAGGCUGCCUCCCUCAUCAUCCAUUUCUACUCUUCCUCAUUAGGGUUUCUGCGCCUCCAUAUUGAAUUCUCAAAAUGGAGGAUCACCAUCAUCAUCAAAUCUUUUGGGAAAUCAAGAUCAGGGAAUAGAAGAAGUUAAUCAAGACCCAUCUUCUGAAAUAAACAAGAACAAGGGAUUCAAGCUUCUGAAUCACCAAACACCUCAUCUCUAAUACAAAUUUUUGAAUCAAUGUCUAAUAAACCUCAAAAAUUACAACCUCGUAGAUCCAAUACAUCAAACAACCCUCCUCAAUUGAAAACCCAUCAAUACCCAUCUCAACAUUAUGAAUCACAAGAUCAAUCACAAGAAUCUACAUCUCCACAUGAUCAAUUUUGUCGUGAAACUCAAAAUCAAAUAGAUCUGAACUCAGAAGUAGUACAAGAAGAACCAGAAAUAGAAGAAGAUGGUGGUCGUGGUAGUACUUCAGCUGCUACUUCAACUGGUGGUCAAGCACAAAAUACGCCCCUCCUAUUUCAUCUGGUGGUCAAGCACAAACUAGUGGUGAAGGGAUUGAAAAAUGAGUUGAACUCACAAAGGGUGAAAUGAAAUUAGUGGCAAGCUUGUCUGGUCUUCAUGGGUAUCUGCUUUCAAACAAGGAAGCUAAAGUAGACAAAGGGUUUACCCUCACCAAAGCUGGAACUCUGGAGUUUAAGCGCUUGUUAGGUCUUCAGGAGGGAGAUAAAGAAAGACCGACUUGGUUGAAGCAGACAUCCUUCGACAGCUUUUGCAAUCAGAUGACCAAAUUCCAUUUCCGGAGAGGUGGCACUGGAACCAAAAACAGACCGUGUGCUUUUAAACACGAUCAGUUCACGUUCAAUCGUCCGAAGAUAAAAGACAUCGUCUUGAAAAGAGACAAGUCAACAGAGGAGAAAAGUGAGGAUAGGUUCACAGCUUAAGACCACGCUUACCAGUUCUCCCACCCAGUCUACGAAGAAGAAGAAAAAGAGGAAGAACAAGUCUUCUGCGAGGAAAAAACUGAUGCUUGACUCUCCAUCCAAGGACGCUGAAACUCAAGUCCUGAACAAUCUAAGAACCCAAAGAAGCCUAGGUUCUUAGACAAUAUCGAUCCUGAUUACAAGCAGUACGGUGCUAGAUGGUUAAAGCAGUUUUAGACUGAUGCUGAAAAAUGGAAUCAAGGAGUGGGCUCCCGAUGAUUUAAAGAAAAAGAUGAAAAAAGUUGUGCUUCAGUUGUCAUCGCCACAGAUGGCUUGUGAGAUGACCAGUCAACAAUUGGCAGCCACAAUUGUUGGAGACUCAAUCAGUGCAAUGCUUAAGUUUUCUGGUGUUGAAUGUUACCAAAUGGAUACUGUUAUUAAUUGUGGAUGUGAGGGGGAUAGCAAUGAAAACCAGAAACAGGUAUUUUCACUGAUCCAAGAGUUCAGUAGAAAAGAGUUCGAUGCAGUUUAUCGACGCCUUGGCAUUGCUGUCACUAAAAGGAAUUACAAGUUCUACAUGAAACAUUUCCGUUCAGCUUAUGACGAGUUGAAGGGUCAUGGAAUGAUCAAGGCUGCUGGUUCUCGCAUUGGUCUUAUUAAUGGGAAAAAGUUGUUACUUCUCAAAGGAACUGAUGGGAACUGCACAACAGUAGCCGCUGACUUAAGUGCAUUAAGGUACAAUUUGGUAGUUGAAAAUCCUGGAUGGAUUAUUUAUGUGGGGGAUAAAUUGCAUCUUGAACUUUACAAGUCUUAUUUCAAUAUUGCAAAAUGUGUAGGUUGGCUUCCUGAUGAUGGGAAGCCAACAGCGAAAUUGGAUUAUGUUGGGUUAGAUGUAAUGGACGCUGAGAUCCCGAGUGUGUUUUCUUUACUAGAUGGAAUAAAAAACCGUUUUAAGGAAAUACUCACUGGAAGAGGUCUUCCUGAAGAAAAGAGAGAAAAGGUAGCGGAGAUAUUAGCCAGUGGAGGCUUAAAAUAUGCCAUAUUGCAAAAUAGGAGGGAUGAGAAUUGCAUCGAUGAUAUUCUCCAGGAACAGGGAGACAAUGCAUUCUAUAUCCAAGGUCUUUAUGUUCGUACUUGUCAAGAUAUUAGCGAAUCUGGCCUAAAUAUUCAAGACAUGAACAAGGACUGUAAGGUCAUCUGUUUGCAAAAGCUGUCGAAGGAUGUAUGCUUUAACCAAGUCGGUCUUUCUUUAUCUCCCUCCUGAAGACCUAACAAGCACUUAAACUCCAGAGCUCCAGCUUUUUGUCUACUUUAGCUUCCUUGUUUGAAAACAGAUACCCAUGAAGACCAGACAAGCUUGCCACUAAUUUCAUUUCACCCUUUGUGAGUUCAACUCAUUUUUCAAUCCCUUCACCACUAGUUUGUGCUUGACCACCAGAUGAAGGAGGAGGGGGGUAUUUUGUGCUUGACCACCAGUUGAAGUAGCAGCUGAAGUACUACCACGACCACCAUCUUCUUCUAUUUCUGGUUCUGGUUCUUCUUGUACUACUUCUGAGUUCAGAUCUAUUUGAUUUUGAGCUUCACGACAAAAUUGAUCAUGUGGAGAUGUAGAUUCUUGUGAUUGAUCUUGUGAUUCAUAAUGUUGAGAUGGGUAUUGAUGGGUUUUCAAUUGAGGAGGGUUGUUUGAUGUAUUAGAUCUACGAGGUUGUCAUUUUUGAGGUUUAUUAGACAGGGUAUUGAUUGAUUCAAAAAUUUGUAUUAGAGAUGAGGUGUUUGGUGAUUCAGAAGCUUGAAUCCCUUGUUCUUGUCUAUUUCAGAAGAUGGGUCUUGAUUAACUUCUUCUACUCCCUGAACUUGAUUUCCCAAAGGAUUUGAUGGUGAUGGUGAGUCCUCCAUUUUGGGAAUUCAAUAUGGAGGCGCAGAAACCCUAAUGACGAAGAGAAGAAAUGACUGAUGAGGGAGGCAGCCUUUGGUACAGAUACAAAGCCUAAGAAGAAGAUUUGUUGUGCAUAAUGUAAUGUUUUAUUCUGGCUGUUGUUGGUUAUACAAAUAAUAUUAUUGUAUAAAUCUGUUAAAUGUGAUAUUGAGAAAGCAACACGCAGCAUGGUAAAUGUAA